CCUGAUGAAUCUCAGAGUCUAUCGUAGCUCAAUACACACAAACAAAAACAGAAGCUUCCUUACUUGCCUAGUUUUGUUUUAUCUUUUUCUCUUCACAAACCUUCGCUAGCUAGCUUUCUUUGUUUGUUCUAGCGAUCACCACUUACUUGAUUAGCUGUAUAGAAAAAAAGAAUUGUUUCAUUAGUUAGGGAAACCAAACACAAAGAGUUUUUGCAAUGGAUAGGGUGAGAGAUUUGGCUUCAACUAGGGCUGCAGUGAUCUUCACCAAGAGCUCAUGUUGCAUGUGCCAUAGCAUCAAAACACUUUUUUACGAACUUGGUGCAAGCCCUGCAAUUCACGAGCUCGAUCGCGACGCCAGUGGGAGAGAAAUGGAGUGGGCUUUAAGAGGCCUUGGAUGUAACCCUUCAGUCCCAGCUGUGUUCAUAGGUGGAAAAUACGUAGGCUCAGCAAAAGAUGUCUUAUCCCUGCACUUGGAUGGCUCAUUGAAGCAAAUGCUCAUAGAUGCAAAGGCAAUCUGGUUCUAGUACUUCUGAAACAACUAUAAUAAUACUACUUCAUGUUUAUGUUGUAGUAAUUAUAAAUAUAGCUCUAAUACCAUGUUGAAAACAAAUGUUGUAUUAAGGGCUUUGCUUUUUUCCUGGUUCCUUGACUACAUUGUAUGCAAAAUGUAAUACUCGAUAUAUCAAAAAUAGACUUAAGAGUUCCUAUAUAUAUAAUAUGCACUUGUUAAUACAGUGCAGCUUUUAAUUA